AUGAGGCAAGAAUAUAAUUCGAGUCGGAGCUCUCAAAGAAGCUUGCCAAAGAAAAGCGUCAGGGUGCCGAUGUCGGGGAAAGUAGUGCGGUGCUCGCUAGUACGCGAAAGUGGGACAAAAACAUCGCAACGAGGGCGGGCGGGCAGCGCCUUCUCCAAAUGGACGAUGGCCGACUCCGAGGCAUACACUGCUGGGGAAUGGAUGGAGGAGCUUCCGUCGCCGCAUGAGCGAGCCCUAUCAGUGCAGCUUCCCGCGCCAGAAAGAUGCGAUGCAAAUGGGCGAAGUGUCGUGACCAUUAUUGACACCACAGCCCAAACAGGUAAUGCAGGAGGGGUUUCCGUGGAAGUGCCGAAAUCACGUUUCAUCUCACAUGGACUAAUCAGGCAAUAUGUGUCGGUUGUUAUUGAACCCGCCUGUGAGGAUAAUGCAGACCUGCAGCUGCAUUAUAUUAAAGGGCACCAAGGCGAGGCUAGCUCGCUUUACACGCCGAUUUUCUCCAAUCCUUUCAAGCCAGCACAGCCGAUACCUAGCGGCCAUACAGCGGCGAAUUUUGGUGACGGCUUUGGCAUUAUUGUGUGCGCGCUGGUUCAACAUUGGAAUAUUAAGCCUGCAGGAACAACCAAGUCAACGCAGGGAUUCUUGCGGGCACUUGAGGCACUUGAGGGCAGCAGAUUAGGGUGGGUGGGUGAGAUUAGAGCCAAGUUUCUGGCAUGCACGAACGCCGUUCGCACGAACCCCGACAUGUUGGCCUCACUCAAGAACCCCCAAAGACUGCCUUUGAUCCCGAGCCCCGAGCUGCGCAACGUAUCAAAGUUCCAUAAUGGCAAAAUGAUCGCGACCAAUACGCUAUCGUACCAGUUUCCAGGUGAGCCGAACAUCGCAGAGCGCGCCGACGCGCUUGGUUACCUGUCCUACCGGAUUUCAAGCAACAUCGCACGGGGCCCGAAGACUGCCCGCGACGCUGUGCUGUUGUUAUUCUGUGAUGCCCGCACCAGGACCGUCAUGUUCGAUUGCGGAGUCUCCGAUAUCGGUGUGGCUUCCGGCUCGGGCUUUUUUACGCAGUCGCCGGUGACCGGAUCACCGCUGUUCACUUGCUCUUCAACUGAUGCCUCCACAGCCGCGAUCAUUGAGUGCGUGAACUCCGUACGCAUUAACCCCGCCCAGCUAUCCGACCUGCCAUGCUACGAGUCGGCCAAGGCAAGCAUCACCUCACCGGCGCGGCUUCCUCUCCGGACCAAUGCUGCCCUCAGCGCUGCUGCGGCCUUUCACAACCGACUGAUGGCCAACUACAGCACAUUCUCCACAACGUUUCCUGGGGAGCCGCCCCUGGGGGAUCGAUUGGCAAACAGCGGCUACGUCUUCACGUUCGCCCUGGAGCAGUACGCGUACGGCAUACAGAACGCACGUGAUCUCGUACGUUGGUGGUUCUGGAGGGAGAUGGAGAUGGAGAUGGAGAUGGAGAUGGAGAUGGAGAUGGAGAUGGAGAUGGAGAUGGAGAUGGAGAUGGAGAUGGAGAUGGAGAUGGAGAUGGAGAUGGAGAUGGAGAUGGAGAUGGAGAUGGAGAUGGAGAUGGAGAUGGAGAUGGAGAUGGAGAUGGAGAUGGAGAUGGAGAUGGAGAUGGAGAUGGAGAUGGAGAUGGAGAUGGAGAUGGAGAUGGAAGGAACGAACAAAGAUGUUCAUCUAGAUGUUCAUCUAGACAUCUAG